CAAUCAUUCUUCAACACAACCAAUACUUAUGGCUCAUCGUCUCUAUUGCAUCGUUUAGAGCCCAGUCCUCCCACUUUGCCUAAUGUCUCCUCUUUUUACUCAAGAGAUUUCGUUUACGAUACAAAUACAAAAUUACAAAAACGCACAAACAUUACAGUUAUGGAGAGCGCCGGCAAACCUCCACAACUGUCCGCUUCUAAUACUAUGAAUGAAUCCAAUUGUGGCUCAAAUAAUAAAACUUCAAACAAUUCUAACAAUACUAACAAAAAGAAGAAAACAAGGACAACAUUUACAUCAUAUCAGUUGGAAGAGUUGGAGCGGGCCUUCCAGAGGGCCCCUUAUCCUGAUGUGUUCGCCCGCGAAGAACUCGCCCUAAGACUCAAUUUAAGUGAAUCCAGAGUUCAGGUCUGGUUU